CCGAACGCUGGAAAGCGAGGAACGGGACAAGGAGCUGCACCGGGACUCUUUCCGAUUCCAUCCUUCUCGUAUUUACCAUCCCUGGCGUGCUUCACUGAUUUCGCGUGCAUAGACAGUAGCCUACAGAGAGAACAGAAGCGGGGAGCUCGAGACACAUCCUCUCUGCCGCGCGAUAAGAGCGCACGAGGGGCGCGAGGUCCCAGGAACAGACCUCAAGUAAAUUAAGACGGAUUGCUUGUUCCGAAAAAUGAAGGGAAUCUUUGAUUUUCGCUAAAUGCGCAAGGACAUUUUUGGCACACUGAGAUAUUGAGGCUGUCCCGAAUUGAGUUUUCACGGUCACGUGUAGGAUAUUAAUUAAAACAUUGUUAAAUUGUUGCCUCGGACGAUGCAUGGACUGACAGUGUCCACCGGACCAUAGCGAGCACCAGAGUGCAUGGAACUGAAAUGUGCUGUUCGACUCCCGUUGGAAAUUUCCGUGGCGGCUGACAGUGACGGCACGUCUGAAAGAGUGUGGCCAGUUUUUAUAUGUGUUAGUCGUUGUGUCUGUCUUGGGCCUGUACGUGUAAAAGAGGGUUAGGUCCGUCCUUGUGAAUUGUGCGUUAAAGAAGCGGUUCUGGCACUGUCCCGCGACGAGGACACGCAGCGGUGAGCAGCAAGCUUUCCACGGACGUUUGACGUGCGUGUUGAUGUGUGUGAACGAUGUAGCACACAUGCAAGGGGUUGGGAAUACUGUGCGACGUUAGUUUACUUCCUAACUAGAGGGGCUAUUCACCAACUGAGUUUAAUCCUCGCAGUGAACUAAAACUUGUUCCGGAAGACCACAUUUGACCCUGAAUGGCUGUGUGGUUGUGUGUAUGAAUGUGUGUGUGUGUGUGUGUUUGUGUAUGAUAUCUGAUCUGCCCAGUCACGCUGUGCCUGAGUGUGUGUGUGUUGCGUGUUUUUGACCCCAUGGUUUAACACUGUCUGUGCCAGUUAAUGUUAACUGAUGCCAGGACACAAGGACCUGGUUCUGCACAAGUUUGCUAUGGGACCUCUUGCAAUAUUAAGCUACUAAUCAUCUGCUAUCACUAACCUCUCGGAACUGAAGACUUGUUUGUGGAAAGGCUGUGACCUGUAGCUCACCAUUUGUUGGGACAGACCUUGCCUUUUUCCUCAGUUGAUAUCAGAAGAGUGUUUUGUGUUGCUGUGGUUCUCUGUCUGCAACAAGCCUAUCGCCGUGGUUGCUGUUUAUGUGCAUCCGAGACCACCGCUGCACCUGGAAAGUUGUCACAUUGGUUUCACGGUGAAUGUUACCUGGGCAUAACUGGCAAAAUGCAAGUGUCAAUUGCAUGCACAGAGCACAACCUGAAGAGCCGCAAUAGUGAGGACCGCCUCUGUGUGCGAUCGCCCAAUCAGAAUACUGGUGUGGGGCAAGGGGGCAAACACCGUCUGGUCAGCUCGCGGCCUUACACGGCAGGCCAUGCCCACAUGAAAGAAGCAAUUGGUCGCCAUAGCAGCAUGAAGUACAGGAACCUGGGGAAGUCCGGGUUGAGAGUAUCCUGUCUGGGCUUAGGUACCUGGGUGACCUUUGGCUCUCAGAUAUCUGAUGAGAUGGCUGAGAACCUUGUAACUACUGCUUAUGAACAUGGUGUGAACCUGUUUGACACUGCAGAGGUAUAUGCAUCUGGAAGAGCUGAAAUCACACUCGGAAAUAUCAUUAAGAAGAAAGGAUGGAGGCGUUCCAGUUUUGUAGUGACAACAAAAAUCUACUGGGGAGGGCAAGCAGAGACCGAGAGGGGUCUGUCCAGGAAGCACAUCAUUGAAGGUCUGCGCGGCUCUCUUUCCCGACUACAGAUUGAUUAUGUGGAUAUCGUCUUUGCCAAUCGUACUGAUGUCAACACCCCAAUGGAGGAGGUGGUAAGGGCAAUGACAUUUGUGAUAAAUCAGGGAAAGGCCAUGUACUGGGGAACAUCAAGAUGGAGUGCCAUGGAAAUAAUGGAGGCCUACUCUGUGGCGAGGCAGUUUAAUCUUAUCCCUCCAGUGUGCGAGCAGGCAGAGUAUCACUACUUUCAGAGGGACAAGGUUGAGGUGCAGCUCCCCGAGCUAUACCAUAAGAUAGGUAUAGGAGCCAUGACCUGGUCUCCAUUGGCUUGUGGUCUCAUCACAGGGAAGUACUGUGAUGGAAUCCCAGAUGGUUCCAGAGCAGCAAUAAAGGGUUAUCAGUGGUUGAAGGAUAAACUCCAGGGUGAGGAGGGGAGAAGGCAGAUGGCCAAAGUGAAAGAGCUCCACCUCCUGGCUGACAAACUAGGGUGUACCUCUGCUCAGCUGGCUAUAGCCUGGUGCCUCAGAAGUGAAGGAGUGAGUUGUGUGCUACUGGGCGUCUCAAAUACAGAACAGCUUCUGGAGAACCUGGGUGCUAUACGGGUGCUAUCUCUCAUGACUCCCCAGAUGGUGUACGAGAUUGACUCACUCCUGGGGAACCGUCCACACUCGAAGAAAGAAGCACGUGCCUAAUUGAAGAACAGAGAGAGGGAGAAAGAAAGGGAGAGGGAGGGAGAGAGAUAGACAGCGGCAGUAACUAAAUCUCCCCUAUCGUUUCUAACCAAGCUGCAUGACUAUGUUGAUUAUUGUCAACAUUAGUGUAGCCAACAUUAGUGUAUGUACAGUAUUUAACUACCUAGUAGGUUCAACAUGCAAUGAUGCCAUUAUUUCAAAUAUAUAUUUAUAUACUCAAUAAUAAUAAUAAUAAUAAUAAUAAUUAUAAUGCAAU